AUGGCUACCUUCAACGAGAAGAAGACAUGUGGCCAGCGCAUGGAAGGCUUCAAACGCUUCCUUUGGAAUCCAGAAACAAAGGAAAUUAUGGGGAGGACACCUGGAAACUGGGUUCUCAUCAGCCUGUAUUACGCGGCCUUCUACGUUGUAAUCUGCUUACUGUUUGCCCUGUCCUUGUUUGUGCUGUUAUAUACAACAGACCCAUACAUACCGACUUAUCAAGACAGACUCAAAGCACCAGGUGUGACGAUACAACCACAACCAAAAGAUUUGAGGAUCAACUUUAAUAUUUCAGAUCCAAAGACGUGGCACUGUUACGCCCACGAGCUUCAGCAUUUUCUUUCAGUGUAUAAUCAGUCAGCCCAGGAAAAAACAAACCGCAACUGCACCAGUGGCAACUAUACUUUCCAAGAUGGGUCUGGGAUUGGCCCUAAGUCAAAAUUUGCCUGCCAGUUUACUCGAGACAUGCUGAAGAAUUGCUCUGGACUGGAGGAUCCCACUUUUGGAUACAAAACUGGUCAACCCUGCAUCUUAAUCCGAAUGAACAGGAUUAUCAAUUACUUGCCUGGAAAUGGAACCACCCCAAACGUGACUUGUGCGCAUGCCUAUCCGGAGAAUAUUGGAAAUGUGGUAUUUUAUCCUGAAAAUGGCACCUUUGACCUUUCAUAUUUUCCUUACUAUGGCAGGCAGCCACAGCCAAACUACACCAAUCCAUUGGUUGCAGUAAAAUUCCUGACUCUGAAAAAGGACAACAAAGUUGAAAUUCAAUGCAAGAUUAAUGCGCCGGGAAUGAUCAGUGACAACCCCUAUGAAAAAUUUGAAGGACGGGUCAUCUUUACACUGGAUAUCAAGAAAUGA